AUGGCGGCGGCAGCGGCGGCCGGCGCGUUGGGCUCGGGUCCCACGGCGGGGCCGGCGGCGGCGAGCGGGGCGGCGGCGGCGGCGACGGCGGCGGCGGCGAUGGCGGCGGCAGCGGCGGCGGCGGGCCCCGGGCCGGUCCCGGUGCCCAUGAACCUCUUCGCGACGUGGGAGAUCGACCGCUCAGCGCCGAGCUGCGUGCCCAGGCUCUGCAGUCUGCGCCUGAAGAAGCUCACAGUGCUAAAAGAGCUGGACAAAGAGCUGAGCUCCGUGCUCAUCGCUGUGAAGAUCCAGGGUUCAAAGCGAGUUCUGAGAUCCAAUGAAUAUGUCCUCCCACCAGGCGGCCUGAUGGAGACAGAGCUGGAGCUGACGUUCUCCCUGCAGUACCCACACUUCCUCAAGAGAGAUGGCAAUAAACUGCAGAUUAUGCUGCAGCGGAGGAAGAGGUACAAGAACCGCACAAUUCUGGGCUACAAGACCCUUGCAGUAGGCAUCAUUAACAUGGCCGAGGUGAUGCAGCACCCAACGGAUGGAGGGCAGCUGCUGGGCCUCCACAGCAACAUGAAAGAUGUGAACAUCCGAGUGGCUGAAAUCAGCAUCUACUCUUUGUCUAGCCAACCCAUUGACCAUGAGGACGGGAGCGUCCCCUCAGGUCCUAAAAUCAAAGCUUCAGAUCGCUCCCCAGACAUCGAUAACUACUCUGAAGAAGAGGAUGACAGCUUCUCCUCAGAGCAGGAGGCCAGCGAUGAUGCCGUCCAGGGCCAGGAUCUGUUUGAUGAAGAGGAUGACUUGAGAAAAACAAAGAAGGCUAGGAGGAAAAUGAUCCGAACCACGUCAAUGAUCAGACAACCAAACUUCAAGCAAAAAUUUGUGGCUUUGCUUAAGAGGUUUAAAGUGACGGAGGAGGUCCUGGAUUCUGACCCUGUGGACCAGACCCAAGAGGUAGAGGAAGACCUGGGCUUGCUCUAUGACAGCCUGGAAGAAUGCAACAACAGUGACAGCGGCCCGGAGAUUGAGGACAACGAGAGCGUGCACAGCACCCCCAAGCCCACCCUGAGGCGUUUCUUUGAGGGAGUCUCUCAUUCUGGUUCCCAGACUGAGAUCGGCAGUCUGCACAGCCAGAAAGGGCAGGAGCGAGAGUCGGGCAGCCCUGGCGAGGCAGACAAGUGGAAGCCAGGAGCACUGCAAGUGCAGGAGGAGCCGGGAACAGACGUCCCUGCAGUGGAGCUGGCCACAGAGGAGCCGUGUCCCCGGCUGGCCCCUGCGGAGGCUGCCGCGUGGGAGGGCAGCGUGGACAGACUCGGCCCCGCAGCCAAAGCUGAGCUGCCCGGUGCCGUGUCACCCAGCAAGGCGGACGGCAAGCAGCUGUGGCGGCCCCGCAGCACCUCGGUGAAAGAUCGGCAGAGUUCGAAGGGGCAGGGCGGCCGCACCAGCAGCCUGGACAGCGAGAGCUCUCCUGACUCGUGGCACAGUGCCCAGGUGCCCCGCAAGUCUGUUUAUGAUCAGCUGAACCAGAUCCUGGUCUCGGAUGAGCAGCUCCCAGAGAGCAUCGUGCUGGUGAACGUCUCCGAAUGGCAAGGGCAGUACGUGAGUGAGCAGCUCCAGGCCCACAAGCAGCUGGUCAUCUCCACCUGCUCCGUGGCAGACAUCCAGGCAGCCUUCAACACCACCGUUGCCCGCAUCCAGCGAUACUGUAACUGUAACUCCCACAUGCCUCCCCCAGUGAAGGUAGUCGUGGCAGGGGACCAGAGCUACCUGAGCGUUGUCCUCCGCUUCUUCGUGGAGCAGCUGGCCAGCAAGACGCCUGACUGGCUCAACUACCUCCGCUUCCUCCUUGUGCCGCUGGGCUCGCACCCUCUUGCCAAGUACCUGGCCUCGGUGGACAACAAAUACAGCACCCUCUUCCUGGACACGGCCUGGCGGGAGCUGUUCAGCCGGGCAGAGCCCCCCACCACAGACACGGUGGACAUCGCGGGCCGUGUCACCCAGUUCAUCGCUGGAGCCAGCUUCUCGCACCAGCUCCCCAUCUCUGAGGCCAUGCUGACGUACAAGCAGAAGAGGAAGCGAAGUCUCUAUUUUGAUUUUUAUAUCAGCCCUGACGAGGACUCCUGCCAGAAGUUUGUGCCCUUCGUGGGGGUAGUGAAGGUGGGCUUGGUGGAGCAGUCCUUCAGUGCCUCUGUGGAUUCGGAUGACGCCACGAUCUGCACCCCCUCCCUGCUGAGCUCAGCACCACCCACCAGUGGAGCAGCCCCCUACAGCAAGGAGACCGUGGGCACCCCGCCGCCCUCCCCGUCCGUCAGCAGCGGCCUCUCUGGUGCUGGGUCCCUCAGCCCCAGCGUGGAGGUGAUGGGCCUGCAGGUGGACUACUGGACAACACAAGGGUCAGACAGGAAAAAGGAGGGCGAGAAGCGGGAGACAGGCAUCAAGAACACGCUCAAGAGCAACUUCCGCUCGCUCCAGGUCAGCCGCAUCCCCAGCACGGGGGAGCUGCUGCCACCCAGCACCAUGGCCAUGACUGUGGUCACGAAGGAGAAGAACAAGAAAGUGAUGUUCCUGAGCAAGAAACCAAAGGAGAAGGACCUAGAGCCCAAAAGUCAAGUCAUCGAAGGGAUCACACGCCUCAUCUGCACAGCCAAGCACCAGAACACCAUGUUGCGAGUCUCCAUAGAUGGGGUGGAGUGGAACGAUGUCAAGUUUUUCCAGCUGGCGGCGCAGUGGCCAACGCAUGUCAAGUACCUCCCUGUGGGCAUCUUCGGCUACUCGAAGAGCGUGUGAGGUGCACGGCAGGCCUGGGAGCAAGCUGCAGGGGGUGCCAGCAGGAGCCAGGGCGAUGGACAUGCUCAUAGCCCCUCUUUUCUGCUGGGCAGCACCUGUCGGGGCUGCAGCCCAGCCUCUGCCUGCUCUGCAGAGGGAGCUACCAGCCCCUGCACUGCGCCCCCCCUCCCACCCACCCCGGCCGGGGAAAAACCCCCAGAAGUGAGGCCAGUGAAACCAGGCCUGGGCACCUUCCGACAGCAGCCAGGGUGCCACGCCAUCUCGCUCCCACGACCCCCAGCAGCAGCCCAGGGCGAGGACUGGCAGCCAGGAGGAGGGAUCUGGAAAGGGCUCAAAGCCCUUCUCACCACCCCCACCCCAACCUCCCCCCACCCCCCCCCCCCAGCAGCAGCACCUACUGGGCCAGCUCCGUGGCCAGCCAGGGCCCCAGCUGGCCUGGGCUCAGCCAGGUUCCCUGGCCCCGGAGAGCCAACUGGGUUUGCUCCCGGUGGGGCUGGAGAACAGACACGGAGCAGGGCCCGCACCCAGCUCCACCUCUCCCUCUGCACGCGGCCCAGCGCCAGCUCUCCUCUGCUGGCCUCUCACUGCUGGAUCUGGCCCUGGCCUACCCCUGCGGGGCUGAGCCCUGGCAGCUUCUCUAGUCCUUCUGCCACCCUCGUGCUUGGGCUGGCGAAGGGCUGUUGGGGCUGUCCCUGGGCUGCCAGGGCCACCGGGGGCAUGGGGCACCUGUUUGUUCGUUCUUUCUUUCCUUCUUCUUCUUUUUUUUUUUUAAAAAGAACAAGAUUCUAUUUUUUUUAAAUUUAUUGUAUGGUUACUUUUCUGGAUUAAUUUUAAUAAAUUAAUGC